UUCAACAGUCAUGUGGGGCGAGGAAAAUCACGUGACUGGCCGCUGCCACGUGACCUGCUCCGAGCGUUCAUUGCCGGCAGUCGCAGCCACAUCAACUCCCCAGCUGGACGCGGACUGAAGAGAUGCAGCUGGUGGUGUUGAGUUGCUUCCUGCUCACCCUGCUGGGUGGCAGCGAUGCCGCUGCGGCUGCAGACGAGGUGAAGUACCUGCCCGGUCUGCAGAAACAGCCGAGCUUCAAACAGUAUUCUGGAUACCUGAGUGUGGCCGAUGGGAAACAUCUGCAUUACUGGUUCGUGGAGUCCCAGAAUAAACCCGCCACUGACCCGCUGGUGUUGUGGUUGAAUGGCGGCCCCGGCUGCAGCUCUCUGGACGGGCUUCUGACAGAACACGGACCCUUCCUGAUCCAAGAGGACGGUGAGACGCUGCAGUACAACCAGUACUCCUGGAACAAGAUUGCCAACAUGUUGUACCUGGAGUCUCCAGCAGGAGUCGGCUUCUCGUACUCUGACGAUAGGAACUACGUCACCAACGACACAGAGGUAUCGAUGAACAACUACCUGGCUCUAAAGGAGUUCCUCCGCCUGUUUCCGGAGUUCAGCAAGAAUGAGUUGUUCCUGACCGGCGAGAGCUACGGAGGAAUCUACAUCCCGACGCUGGCCGAGAGGGUGAUGGAGGACGCCAGUCUCAACCUGCAGGGCGUUGCCGUGGGAAACGGGAUGUCGAGCUACGAGAUGAAUGACAACUCACUUGUGUACUUCGCCUACUACCACGGCCUGCUUGGAAGUCGACUUUGGACCUCACUGCAGACCUUCUGCUGCAGCGGCGGGAAGUGCAACUUCUACGACAACCCCAACGAGAACUGCUCCAAAAAUCUGUUCGAGGUUCAGCGGAUCGUCUACGCCUCUGGGCUGAACAUGUACAACCUGUAUGCACCUUGUCCAGGUGGAGUCCCGCAGAGAUUCAGUAUUGAACGAGGUGAGCUGGUGAUCAGAGAUCUGGGGAACUUGUUCAUCAACCACCAGUGGACGCAGCUCUGGAACCAGAAGUUGCGAGGUCUGGCGUCUUCACACCUGUCUGUCCGCCUGGACCCCCCCUGCACUAACUCCACGCCCUCCACCCUGUACCUUAACAACCCAUUUGUCAGAACUGCUCUGCACAUCAGCCCCAAGGCUCUGGACUGGGUCAUCUGCAGCUCUGAGGUGAAUCAGAAUUACGGUCGCGUCUUCCUGGACGUCAGGAAACAGUACCUGAAGCUGCUCCAUGCUCUGAAGUACCGGGUCCUGGUGUACAACGGGGACGUGGACAUGGCCUGUAACUUCAUGGGGGACGAGUGGUUCGUUGAGUCUCUGAACCAGCAGGUGGAGGUCCUGAGGCGGCCCUGGCUCUACGUCGACGAGGACGGUCAGCAGAUCGGUGGCUUCGUCAAAGAGUUUGACAACAUCGCCUUCCUCACCGUGAAGGGUUCCGGUCACAUGGUUCCAACAGAUAAACCAAUCGCUGCGUUCGCCAUGUUCACCAGGUUCCUGAAGAGAGAACCCUACUGACCUCUGAUCCGUCCGGAUUAGUCUUCGUCUCACUGCCAGUCAGUUCGGCACAGCGCCGCUCUGUGUCGCCUGGCGACCAGAUUAUAGUUUUUAUUCAAGAAAUCAAACUUCUCAAACUCAAUCACAUUACUGUACCGGUGACACGUUGCUGUGGAAACGAGCACUGCCAGAGUAAAUGUACCUUUUUUGAUUGUUUUUAUGUUUUUAAAUAUUUUUUUAUGAAAUGUAAGAACAACGGGUAUAAAAUAAAGUUUUAUCUUUAACUG